UAAUGGUAAUAACGACUCUGGUGCAGGAGGCAGUCUUCCAAAUGAAGAUCAAGAUUUCUCUGAAAGCGCCUCUUCUUGGGCGCCAACAGACGAAAGCUCAUCAUCAUCUUCUGACGAAUCUAACGGAGUGAGUAUAGAGAUCGAUUAACCAUGGUGUGAAUAAUUUGAGGAAAUAAAUCAAGUAUACCUAAACUUUUAUUAUAUACUAAAAUGAUUAUACAUUAAAUUUCAGACUGAGAAAGAAAAUAACGGAAAAUCAAAUGAAAUGGCACAAUACGUUCGACAUUUAGCGAAAAUUAGAAACAGUAAGAAAGUACUUACGCCAAUACAUAGACCGAAUGCAGUGGUUAACAUUUUACAAGAGCGGCAAAUGAAUGGAAAUCAUUCGAACAAAGGCCGUAAAAGAAAAUACAAAGAAAUGGAGGAGGAAGUUAAAAAAUCGUUACCUGAUUCAACUAGAAAAAAUAUGUCUACAAGGCCGAAUAUCAACAAAGGAACUGUUAAAGUGCAAUUAAGGAAUAUUAUAGAAAUCAAUGCAACUUUUCAACAGUUGUUUACGAUGCUUAAUGCAUUGAGACCUUCGCAACAGGUCAAUAAAACAUUUUUGAAUGAAGUGAAUAAACUUAAUGAAAAAACUUUUGACGAACCGGAAGAGAGUGAUAGAAGCGAAAGUGAAGAGUCUAAUCGUUCUGAUGAUAAUGUUUUAAUUUCAAACAAAUAUAUAAAAGCUCGCUCCAAUUCCGUUUCACCUCGUGCUCAAGAGAAUAGUAAAGACGAAUGGAUUCCGAUUGGAAGUGGAAAAACUCUGAUACAUAAAGAUAAAUAUAGAAAAGUUAAUUGGAAAUCUUACACGAUUGCUACUAGAACUUUAUUAUUGGCUACGUUUCCAAGACGAAUACUGGCAACACAUUCAUUAACCGGCAAGAGAUCUCCAGCGUUUCAAAAUAAGCCCGCGAAAAUGUGUUUGGAUCCAAAAAUUGUGUCAGAUGUUAUCAUAGAAAUCACUUCUAGGUUUAAAGUAAAGGAAAACCUAGUAAGAAGCAUCAUCACAACAAAAUGUGCAGAUGAAUGCAAAAUGUAUAAAAUGAGACUAAAGACCAAAAGUCGCCAAAAAGAUAAAUCGUCGAACGAGUCGUCUACAGAUCAAGAAAAUGUACCAAAAAAUGAUUCGAUUACAGUGAAAUAACGUUUAAGAGUGUGGAUAAUAAUAAAACCAAAGGAUUUUUAACAGUACCUUACAAUACUCGGUGAUCUAGUUUUAGUUAUCUUUUAUAAAUAAAAUAUGUUUUGAAAGUGUUGUUUAUUUCAGUAUAACGGUGUUGUUAGUGAUUAAGGGAA